AUGUUUCCAGAAAUGCAGGGCCUAAAAACCCAGAAACUGGCUAGAAAUCUGCUGAUUUUCCUCGGGCAUAUUCGUGUGGUCUCGACUGAAGCUCAGCAAGUGUCUCUGGAACAAUGGGGCACACUCAAAGCCAAUGAGAACGGGAACUUUCAAGAUUCCUGUUCCGGUUGUUCUAUUGACGGGAGCAAGUACUCCUGCAAUUGCAAGCCCGACAAAGACAGCAACGAGGUGUCCAGUACCAUUGAUCUAGGCCAGAUCAUAGGGAAUCUUGAUGGCCGUCUCUGUUGUGGGAGAACGCAGUUUACUUGCGGAGAUGGAAGCCUCUACGGCUAACGUAGGUUUGCUUUACGUACCCAUGAUCUCCUACGAUAACUCUGAUUUUCUGCGUGUUUAUUUUGUCUAUGUCUUAGUAUGGCUUGUCUUUUGUUUGAUCGUUGUGACAAUGUAUUUCUAUGUUCUAAGCGCUUGAGAUGUAUGUGGAUCGAUAGCUGUUGAGACCGCUCAGCUUAUCACUUAGGGCACUUUAUACAUAUAGUUACUGAGGACGUUUCAAAUUGUAUAUCUGAUCGUGGGGGUCCUAUUUUCCGCAUUGUUCCUUUAAUUCUCUUUUGAUAUGUG